AAAGAAGUUGGAAGUUCAUCCAUCUCAUGGUUGAAAUUGAAAAUUGAUGAAGAAAACAUUGAAUAGUUUGCUAUUGAAAUGUAAGCGAAUUCAUAAGAUUCAAAUCGAAAGAACUUGACAUGUUUGGUGAUUUUUUAGAAUUAAUGAAUUAAAACAAAAUAUCUUAUUAGACUAGGGCUAGCUAUACCUAUAAUUUGUUACAUCACUCUAAGCUGAGAUAAAGAAUAAUUCAUUGAAAUCACUAUCAAAAUAUCUUAUCAGUAAUUUCCACCAAUCAGCAUGUUUGGACUUUUCGAUGUGGAAGGGGAAGAUAAGAAGGAUUGUUACAAGCAUUGAGGAGGAAAAUUCUCCCUCAUUGCUCUUGGCUAUAAAAUGCUUGUUGUUAUCAGUUGUGUCUAGUAGUGAUCGAAAUUCGGUUGUGACGUUCAUUUAGUCAUUACUGUUUGUUCCGUUCCAUAAUCUUCAGCGAUGGCUCCGACGCUGUAUGUUGACAGCCCCAACGUCAAGUACACCAACGACUACAUUGAGUCUGUCUUCGAUUAUCAAACAACCACUGUGGAAAAAUCGAACAACAAAUAUGUGGUUCAUCCUCAAACAUCAAGACUUCAUCUGAAGACAAAGAGAGUUGUACCCAGAGUUGGACUUAUGCUGGUGGGAUGGGGCGGAAACAAUGGUUCUACUAUUACUGGGGCGAUUCUUGCCAACAAACUUGGAAUGUCAUGGAGCACCAAAGAAGGAGUGAAAAAAGCUAAUUGGUUUGGUUCAUUGACACAAGCAUCCACUGUGCGCCUUGGUCCUGGCUCAGAUGGCAAGGAUGUGUGCAUUCCUAUGGCAGACAUGCUUCCCAUGUUGCGCCCCGAAGACAUUGUUCUCGAUGGAUGGGAUAUUUCCGGGCUGAAUUUGGCUGAAUCUAUGGAGCGAGCUCAGGUAUUGGACUACAAUCUGCAAGUUCAAUUAGCUCCUUUGAUGAAAGACAUGAAGCCAAGACCAUCAAUCUAUUUCCCUGACUUCAUUGCUGCAAACCAGUCCGAGAGAGCAGACAACGUUCUGACGGGCACCAAAUGGGAGCAACUUGAGGCCAUCAGGAAAGACAUCAGAGACAUGAAGGAGAAGCAGAACGUGGACCAAGUGAUCGUUUUGUGGACAGCCAACACUGAGCGCUUUGCUGAAAUCAUUGAGGGCGUCAAUGACACCGCUGACAACCUCAUUGCGGCUAUCAAGAGGAAUGAGGCCGAAAUUUCACCUUCAACCAUUUUCGCGGUCGCAUCUAUCUUGGAAGGGUCAACAUACAUCAACGGGUCACCGCAGAACACAUUUGUGCCAGGAUGCAUGGAGCUCGCCGAGCGUUACCGAGUGUUCAUCGCAGGAGAUGACUUCAAGUCAGGCCAGACCAAACUGAAGUCGGUGCUGGUCGACUUCCUGGUGAACGCCGGCAUCAAGCCGGUCUCCAUCGUCAGCUACAACCACCUCGGCAACAAUGACGGCCGCAACCUGUCAGCUCCAAGUCAAUUCAGAUCAAAAGAGAUCUCCAAGAGUAACGUUGUUGACGAUAUGGUAGACUCAAACAGUAUUCUUUACAAGCCUGGAGAGAAGCCAGACCAUUGUGUUGUCAUCAAAUACGUACCUUAUGUUGGCGACAGUAAGCGAGCAUUGGACGAGUACACCUCGGAGCUGAUGCUUGGCGGCCACAACACCAUUUCCAUCCACAACACGUGCGAGGACUCACUUCUGGCCGCACCCAUUAUUCUCGACUUGGUGAUUCUGGCCGAACUCUGCUCCAGAAUCCAGUUCAAGGCCGAGAACCAGCAGACCUACCACCAGUUCCACCCUGUGCUGUCUGUGCUCAGCUACCUCUGCAAGGCUCCAUUGGUGCCGUCUGGAACUCCAGUGGUGAACGCUCUAUUCAAGCAGAGAGCAUGCAUCGAGAACAUAAUGAGGGCCUGCCUGAGUCUGCCACCCGACAACCACAUGACAUUGGAGCACAAACUACCCAAGUCCUUGUUCAGCACAAAUGUAAACACUGACAAGAUCGUCGACAAAAUUUCCAACACUUGUUUUAUCACAAAACCAGAAAAGCCUCAGCAGAAAGUCGUCGCCUAGUAUUAUACGUUAAAAUUAUUCAAUGAACUAAUGCUAACGAGCACAUGCUCAGGAAAACAUUUCUGUACUUAAUUUCUCAGAGAAGAUAGUCUCCUUAUGAGACUAUUGUUGAAAUGCACCGUAUUGGAUAUUGGAUAUUCACUGGAAAUGAAAAUGAACUUCGUAUGUUUAAAAAACUACAACAACUGAAAUAUCUCGUAUAGAAGCAAAGUGGUACAAUAAUAUAUUCCACUAACAACCUACUCUCAAUAUUUUAAAUUAUUUUUUAACAAAGCUUAAUGUAUUUUUAAAUGAUGUUUUAAUCGUUAUUGACUACUUGAAAGCAAUGCAAUUCUACAAUAAUGUCAUUUAUGCGAGUGAGUAAAACUGACACAAAACAGUUGUAAAUGUAAUAUUAGUGGAACUAUUUGUUGAAACCACGUGAUCAAUUACCUCCUACUCAAAUAUAUUUAGCUGAAAAUUGUUUAACUUGACUAAAUCGCAAGAGCAGUAAAGUCUCCUCUUGAAGCAUUUAUUUGUACAUCUGACUGGCGGUGUAUAAAAGAAUGUAAAUUAAAUUUAGUGAUAAUUUAACAUAAGUUUAGAUUAAAUUAUUAAUUAUGGAAAAAUGAAAAAAUAAAGAAUUUUUAUAGA